GGUUCCCGAUCGUCCACAGGAAGUGUACUGAUGUGUUUCCUGUGGGCGGGCCUAAAGCGUCAACGACGAACUUCCUUGGGAGACACCGAGAGCGCUGGAUCAAACUCAGAAAUGGAGCUGCGGCCACUGGUGAUGUGCUUCGCUCUCUGCGUGGUUUACGCCACCAGCAAACCCACGGAGAAGAAGGACCGCGUCCAUCACGACGACCCUCUGAGCAACAAGGAGCACGACGACGCUGAGAACUUCGACUAUGACCACGAAGCCUUUCUGGGACAAGAAGAGGCAAAGACCUUUGACCAACUCACACCCGAAGAAAGCAAAGAGCGGCUUGGAAUGCUGGUAGAACGCAUAGACGAGGAUAAAGAUGGCUUUGUGACAGCCGACGAGAUGAAGAAGUGGAUUAAGCACGCACAGAAGAGGUGGAUCUAUGACGAUGUGGACCGACAGUGGAAGAGCCACGACCUCAACGGGGAUGGAAUGGUCUCCUGGGAGGAGUACAAGAACGCCACGUAUGGAUACGUUCUUGACGAUUCCGAUCCUGAAGACGGCUUCAGCUACAGGCAAAUGAUGGCUCGUGACGAAAGGAGAUUCAAGAUGGCCGACCUUGACAAAAAUAUGAAAGCCAACAAGGAGGAGUUCACCGCUUUCCUUCACCCCGAGGAGUAUGAUCACAUGAAAGACAUCGUGGUGUUGGAAACUAUGGAAGACAUUGAUAAGAAUGGCGACGGUUUGAUUGACCUGGAUGAAUACAUAGGUGACAUGUACAACCAGGAUGGAGAUAACACAGAACCCGAGUGGGUGAAGACCGAGAGGGAGCAGUUCACCGAGUUCAGGGACAAGAACAAAGAUGGAAAAAUGGACAAGGAGGAGACCAGAGACUGGAUCCUACCAAGUGACUACGACCACGCUGAGGCCGAGGCCAAGCAUCUCGUAUACGAGUCAGACGCAGACAAAGAUGGCCGACUGACGAAGGAAGAAAUCGUCGACAAGUACGACCUGUUCGUCGGCAGCCAGGCCACCGACUUCGGGGAGGCGCUGACUCGGCACGACGAGUUCUAACACCCAGCCGUCUGUGUGCUCAUCUUGUGUUUUUCACCACACCGAUGAGUCCUUCCACAGAGCACAGAGCGUUAAAACAGGAUGGGCUCAUCCGAUCCUGCGCCACGGACAAUAAUUUAUUGAAUUUCCUGAAUGUGUCUCAUCGUGCACACACUAACAUUCUACAUGUUCAAGCUUGGCCAGUAUGUUGCGCUUCCUAUUGGACUCUUUUCCGUUUGAUCUGGUCCCGCAGACUUUGCCAUUUCUCUAGAGACUUGGCAAGGAAUAGUUCAUUUUUUUUGUAAAACUUUUUUACAACCGGUUUGUCCUUUUUUUAUAUACCAAUAAAGUUUAACGUUACAGUCUGAGGAAAACUUUAUUUUCCUAAUGCACCGAACUGUGUAAUUUGGUUCCUAAAGGAAACACUAGUUUCUAGUUCAGUUGUGUUUCAAGUCAUUAUAAAACACGUGGUUAUCGGGGGAAAUGAUCGCUUGGAAAGGAGAACAACAUCUUAAAUUCUAGUAACUGCGCUGACCAUUUGGCGUUAGUGCUAUAAAGCAUCUUAGUGACACUUUAUAGUUUUUUUUGUUUUCUGGUCCAUAUUGACACAAACUCUGUGCUCUAAACAUAGACAAGAGGCUUUUGUAAUAGAUGAAGGAUUGGAGUUGAAUCUGAGGCACAGUUUGGUUCUGGGUUGGAUCACCUCCGCUGUCUGACCUCCAAACCUAAAGACAGCAGGAUGUACUCCAGGCUGAUCCAGUCUAAAACUAGCCUAUAGCACACUGCUGGUUCAAUUGUCAAAGCUGCUUCCCUUCUUUUAUUUGACUUCAUCAUAAUCAUUUCAAUUGUGUGUGCAUGUGAGUGUGUACAUAUGUUACUUGUAUUAUUGAUAACUGAUUUUACUGUAUUUGUUUUACGUUUUAUUUGAUUUAACUGAAUUACUAACUCACUUGUGUGCCAAGCAAAAAUCGAUGAACAGUUGAGGGGAAUAAAAUGCUCUUCCCUUUA